CGAGGAGGAGGCGGGCGGCCCCCGCGCCCGGAAGGAGGAGGACGCGUUCCUGGGCGAGCAGGACACGGUGCCGUGUGACCUGCCAGGGUGGCAGAGAGGGAGCCCAGACCGUAGGUUUCUACCGCCCAGAGGAUGUCGUUAAACGGAGGAAGCCCCUUUGUGGGGUCAGCGCUGGGGACAGACCCCCAGGGGACUGGAGGGUCCCACAUCGCAGCAGCUGCCAGAGCCCGCGAGCAUCUCCAGUCCCUGCUGUCCCCUCCAGAGCUGAGGUGGCCCUGGCUCCCCAAAGCGCUGGUUCCCUUGGGAAGCAAGGUCUCCUUCACAGCCCCCAGAAGGGUUUGGUGGCUUCUCUUUCCAGCAUGGAUGUUGGUGAUGGGACAGGCAGCUGUGUGUUGGCCUCGCAGGCUGCUCGUCGUGCUCGGUGCUCCUGACUGACCCCGUUCCCAAACCACAGCCCUGCUGUCCCCACACAGCACAGGGGUGACAGAGACUAAGUGACUUUUCCAGGGCUGUGUGGGACAUUGUUACCGAGAACGAAGGGACUCCUGCGUGGUGGGAGAGGCCACCCUGGAAGUCUGUGGCCUGUCCUCUGCUGUGGUUGCUCCCUGGAUGUUCAUGUUCCCUUGUGCUGGGCUGGCCUGUCACCAGUGCUGCAGGAGCAGCACGGAGGGACAGUGUCCUGGAGGGCUCAGGCAGAGGGUCCCAGCUCACUCCUUGCUGUUUCUCCACUGCUGGGGCUGGUGCCCUGCUGUGGGGUGCCCAGGGCUGUUUCCCUCCCCCGUGGCAUCCCCUGCCUGCCCUACAGCCCCCAGCCAGUCCUCUGCCCACACGCUGCAGGCCCAGCUCACUGCCGUGGGGGGCUCAGAGGUGCAGGCUGGGGAACCAGAGCCUGUCCCAGUCGUGCUCCUAAAUCACGGAGGGGAUGAAGCUCACCCUAAGGGGAUUCCCUGCUUGGAGGGGGGUUUAGUCCUGGUUGCAGCAUUGCUGAAAUCACCAUAUGAGGAAGGGCUGAGAGAGCUGGGCUGGUCAGCCCAGAGAAAAAGAGACUUGGGGGGGGUUCUCAUCAAUGCUUGUAAAUAUCACAAGGGUGGGUGUCAGGAGGAUGGGACCAGACUCUUUUCAGCAGUGUCCAGUGACAGGACAAGGGGCAGUGGGCACAAACUGGAACACAAACUUCUUCCCUGUGAGGGUAACGGAGCCCUGGGACAGGCUGCCCAGACAGGCUGUGGAGUCCCCAUCUCCAGAGACACUGGAAGCCCACCUGGACAUGAUCCUGUGGGAUCUGCUGUAGGUGAUCCUGCCCAAGAGGGGGGUUGGACUAGAUGAUCUGCAGAGGUCUCUUCCAAAGCCAAACACUCUGUGAUUCUGUGUGAUUCUGUACAUUAGAACUCCCCAUCUGACCCCAGGAGAGCUGAAGCUGCAGCCAGGAGGGCAUUAAGUCACAUCAGGGAUAGGGCUGGCAGUCCCCAGGGAGGUGCUGCCUGCCAGGGCAGAAGGAGAGGCCCAGCCCCGCAGACGUGGGGUUUCCUUCUCCUUUGUCCCUUACCCCAAACCUGGGAAACAUCCCCUGAGUGGAGGGAAAAGCUUCUCAUCUUUUUCACUCAGUGCUCCUCUUCUUCCCAUCGUAGAUGCAUGGGGCACUGCAGCCCCCCCCCCGAAUUAAUCCAGGAAACCUGGCUGAUGCCCUGAGCCUCUUGGUCCUGUUCAGUGGUCUGCAGGGACAAGCAUGUCCCCAUGGCUGCCCCAGCAGCUCUGGAUGCCCAGCAGUGUCACCUCAGGGCACGCUCUGCCACACAGGCAGCAACUGGUGCAGGCAGAGAUCCGAGGCAUCUUUCAGAGCAAGAAAAACUUCUUCAUCCUGCUGAGCAUUGUUUGCUGUCUGGUGGAUGCCUGGCAAAGCCCUGCUCCGUUGUCUUGCCAUCUCAGAGCUGGGUGUCUGGUGAGCAGCUCGAGUUCACAGGGCCCUUCAUCAGCUGGAGGAAGCAAGAAAGGAAAGCUGAGCAGGUGGAUGCCCAGAGGCCCAGUUUUCAGACCCAGACUCCUUCCUGAAGUCUGCGCGUCUCCAGCGCCUGCCCUCGUCCUCCUCAGAGAUGGGCAGCCAGGACGUGUCCCCUCUCCGGGAGACCAGCAAGGACCCUUUCUCUGGGGACUGCAGCUGCUGGCAGGAUGGGCUGACUGUCAUCAUCACUGCCUGCCUCACCUUCGCCAUGGGUGUCACGGUGGCCUUGAUCAUGCAGAUCUAUUUUGGGGACCCUCAGGUCUCGCCGCGGGGCGCGGUGGUGACGGAGGCUCCGCGCUGCGCCGCGCUGGGCCGGGCCGUGCUGGGCGCGCCGGGCUCCUCGGUGGACGCGGCCAUCGCCUCGGCCCUCUGCGCGGGAGUCGUCAACCCCCACAGCUCGGGGAUCGGCGGGGGUGGGGUGAUGCUGGUCCACGACAUCCGCAAGAACAGGAGCUGGGUGAUCGACUUCCGUGAGGUGGCUCCCCUGGGCAUCCCCCUGGAGGUGGAUCUGCAGAACGACAGCAGGCCAGGUCUGCUCGUGGGGGUGCCAGGCAUGAUUCAAGGAAUGCACCAGGCACACCAGCUGUACGGCAGGCUCCCCUGGUCCAAGCUGCUGGGCCUUGCAGCUGGUGUUGCCCAGGAGGGGUUUAAUGUCACACAUGAUUUGGCCAAAGCCAUAAGUGAACUGAAGGACCUGAAGUACUCGGACAGAUUUCAGGAGAUCUUCCUGCCAGGUGGCCAGCCCCUGCUGCCUGGCAUGUUCAUCAGGCGCCCGGACCUCGCGGCCCUCCUGGAGCUGGUGGGGGCAGAAGGGACAUCAGCUUUCUACAGUGGCAACUUGACCCAGGAGAUGAUCUCUGAGGUCCACAGCUAUGGGGGAGUCUUGGUGGAGGAAGACUUCAGCAAUUACAGUGCCACGGUGGAGGAUCCUGUCCACACAGUCUAUCAAGGUCAUCUUGUGUUCAGUCCCCCACCUCCACAUGCAGGUCCUGCUCUGAUCACAGCCCUGAACAUCCUCGAGGGCUUUAACAUCUCAAGUCAAGUGUCCAGGGGGAAUGUCUUGCACUGGAUGGCAGAGACAUUAAGAAUAGCCCUGACUCUAGCUAGCCACCUGGGAGACCCAUCUGAUGAUGUGUCCAUCACUCAUGCUGCAGAAGACAUGGUGAGUAAAGCAGAAGCUAAUGUCCUGCGCCAGCUGAUUAAUGACUCCCAGUCCUUCUCCGACCUCCACAUGCCUCACUUCUCUCUUGAGAGUGAACCUGCUGCCAGCCAGGUCCUUGUCAUGGGACCUGAUGACUUCAUUGUUGCCGUUGUGAGUUCUCUGAAUCGUCCCUUUGGCAGUGGAAUAAUAACACCCUCUGGAGUCCUCCUGAACAGCCAGAUGUUGGACUUCUCCUGGCAAAAUAAAACAAUGAACAACUCCAUUCCCAGGCUGCAAAAUCUCCUUCGGCCUCAGAAGCGGCCACUGUCGUUCCUGCUGCCCACCAUCGUGCGCCCUUCCCAGGGCAUGUGUGGGACAUACCUGUGUCUGGGAGCCAACAAUGGGGACAGAGCCCUGAGCAGCCUCGUGCAGGUUUUGGUAAAUGUUUUAACAUUCAACAAGAACCUGAGUGAAAGUUUGUCCCUUGGUCGACUUCACCCACAGCUUCAGUCCCACACCUUGCAGGUUGACAGUGAGUUCCCUGAAGAAGAUGUUGAAUUUCUUGUAGCCAGGGGCCAUCGAGUGGAUAGAGUCAAGGUGGUCUCCUUAGUGCACGGGGCCAGGAGAACCAAUAGCUUCAUCAUUGGCCUGAAGGACCCCAGGAGCACAGAUGCUGCAGGAGCCACGAUACUGUAGCACCUCCCAGCUGUCAUGGUCACUGAAGAAGACUUCGGGCAAGUGGACCCCAGUGAUGUGCAUGUUCUGAACGUCCCUCCCCCAUCCCCAGGGCUGGAGCCCUGCUGAGCAGACUUGCUGCAUUCCCCACCCUGGACCACACCAGAGGGCUCAGCAGCACCAACAUGCAGCUCUUUAGUUAUUUUUCUUUUCUUUUAAAAUGAUUUUAAUUACGAGCAGCCCCGUCCUCAUGACAGGACUGCAAGGAGCAAACUUCCCUUUUCUUUUUGCAGAGUCCUGCUGAUAAUUUCAGUCUUUUCAAAAAGCCAAAUUCUAGCCAGCAUUUCAUUUUAGUGAAAAGGAAGAAACAGGUGAUGAUGAUACUGUCAUCUUCUCUCCAUGUCUUCCCCAAGUUCAGUCAAUGCAUCUGGUGUAGGCCAGUAAUUCAUACUAGGUGCCUGUAGCUGGAAUAUCAGGGAGUCCUUUCAUGCCCCAGAGCCUCCUGUUCCUUUUCUCACAUUGCUGCAUACCUUGAAUUUUGGGAGUAAAUCUUUGGAAUCAAAUGGCUGUGCAGUCUCACGGACAGUCUGGUUUUGUAACCAGAGCAGCGGUCUUCAACUUCUAACAGCUUGUGGACCCUCAAGUCAUUUUCUUACCCAGGUUCAGCCUCCUCUAUGGUGAAUUUAAACUUCGUGGUAAUGAGCUUCAUUUUCUUAGAUACUUUUUUGGAGAUGAUACAGUGAUACUCCACAGACUUGUAAAAAUCUACAGCCCGUGGACUGAAAACCACCUGUGGAGCAUUUAGGUAGGUUCAGGGCAUUCCUUUCACUGCCUUAUCCCAGUCUGCUCUGAAAGCCUGAACCAGCUAAUCCCACACAAAGGCUUGGGAUUUUCUGCUUACUAAAUUCAUGCCUAAUAUUCAUACUAAAUUCAGCUCCACAUUUUGGUACUGGUGGAUCUAUUGGAAAAGCUGAAAAGAAUGAGAGGAGAAGGGACGAAGAACCUCCCCAGUCUACUGAGAUAAUUCUCUGUCCACAGCACAUAGUGCAAAAUAUGAGAAUACUUCUGCAUUUCUUAGCUGAAAUAGAGUGAAGAAAUAACCCCACAUCUGAGAGCUGCCCCUCUUUGUUCAACCCACAUUUGAACAUUUCCUUCUCUUUUCACUAGCCCGUCAGACAACUGGCUCUUAAAAAUUCUGGAAUUUGGUAAUAUUCUGCUGUCUAAAACUUGGUUGUUUCUUUCAGGGUGCCAAUUAUGGUCACCGUACAUAUUAUAUAUGUCUGCCUGCUUAUAGCUGUCUUGGUCUUUCAUUUGCUGAUGACACUGGUCACCCCCAACCUCCCACCUGAGGGACCCAUGACACCCACUGGUGGUAACGCACCCAUUGCUGCCUGACACGGAGACCCUGCGGGUUGUCUGGGGUGGUCAGGGCACUAUGGCAGCUAAUUGGACUAAUUGUUCUGCCACCUGCCAGCUGAGGACCCCGAAGCAUCUUACAUGAAGCCUUGCAUGUGGUGCUGAGGAACGACAGAGAUAGUUUUGUGCUCCACCAGAGUGCAGGCAGCCAUGAGAAGAGCACAGCAGCUCCCAGGAACAUCAACAGUAUUUUCUGUUGCAAAUGCAUCAGGGGCCUCAGCUAAGAGACAGGGGAAGGACAACACUGUCUUUGAGAAGUUGUCUUCUGUGCCACCACCCUGCCCAUAGGGCAAGAAGAGACUUUCUUCACUGUAGGGAUGUCAGAUCUAUUUAUUUCUUUUUCUGUCAUCAGCACUUGAGUUGGUCACUGCCCAAAGCUGGAGGGUUCAUAAAACUUCAGGUGUGGUGGAGCAGGUUUUGUGGGGAGGGAAGGAGGCAGUUUUGUGUGUUGAAUCUCACUGUAAGAAGCUUGGGGGGUUCUGGUAGGGUGCAGCAGGGGUCAGUUCCUCAGGCACGGAGCUUUGUGGAGCAGCACAGCUGCAGUCAGUGGUCACGGCACCAUCCAGUCAGUGCUUUGCAUGGAAUAUCACAAAACACUUGAAAGACAAAAUUCCUCCUUAUUGACUGAAUUCACCAACUCACUUUUGAUGCUGGAAACUGUGUAUUCAUGUGGGAGUUAAAGACUCUGGUCUUGAUUCAGAGGGGAACUGAAAUGCCCCAAGGAGCAGUAUCACAGCACUUGCUCAGAAUCUUGAUCUAAAGCACGUUCCAGUUGCUCUGCUGGACCACAGCCUGUGCUGGGAAAAAGAGAAAACUUAAAAUGGAAGAUGGGAUUUAGGCCCCUCAGACAUGGCCAAGAGAAGGAAAGAUAUUUUCAGUUAUUUCCCAUUUUCUGUGUUUUAAAUGGCAUCAGUGUAGCACAGAUGCAUUUGAAAUGGAAACUAAUCUUCUGAUUGGCCCAGUGUCUCUGAUCCUUUGAGUCCAUCUGUUGUGAUGAGAUCUGAUUAAUGUAAUGUGAGGUACCAAGAAACACCUAAUGUUACCUUCUGUGCAAGGUGAGACAGACAUUGUGAAAUAAAGGGCCAUAAUCUGGA